AUGGCCGGCCAAAACUAUGCCUACUGUACUCUGAUUACCCGGUCGUCGUAUCUCGCUGGUGUGCUGAUUCUAGCUCAUACCUUGGCUAAAUACAAGUGCGCAUACCCUCUCAUCGUUCUCUACACGGAUACACUGCCCGCUUCUUCUGUACGCGCCCUGGAGCUAGAAGCUCCGCACAGUAAUCUUACUCUCCACCGUGUCGAAGCCCUGCUGCCUCGCGAGAACGUCCACGUACACCUUAUCGCUGAGCGCUUUGCCGAUACUUGGACAAAGUUGCGAGUCUUCGAGCUGUACAAGCUUGACAACUAUGACAAGAUAUGCUACCUCGAUGCCGACAUGAUCCUGCGCAGGAACAUGGACCACGUCUUUGACAAGCACCUGCCUGCCAACGAUUGGAUCGCUGCCAACCACGCUUGCGUCUGCAACCUCGACAAAGACCCUUGGGCUCCCGAAGACUGGACAAAAGAGAAUUGUGCUUACACUGCUGUAUCACACCCGAGUGCCCUCGAACACCCUACUCCAAUUACGCCAGACUCGCGAGGCACAUACCACCUGCUCAACAGCGGCAUGUUCCUGUUCGUCGCCUCAGAGCAACUUUGGGACCGCAUGAUUGACUUCUUCAACACCACUCCUCUGCUAGGCGAGUUCAAGUUCCCCGAUCAAGACUUCCUGGCCGAGUUCUUCAAGAACAAAUGGGUGAGCUUGGGUUGGCAAUUCAAUGCUCUAAAGACCAUGCGCUACUGGCACGAGAACAUCUGGAGAGAUGAAGAGGUUGUUUGCCUACACUACAUUGUCGACAAGCCUUGGGCCAAGCGUGUGACCGAAGACGGUGUGGCCGGAUACCUUGGUCGCGAUGGCGAGACCCACACCUGGUGGUGGCAAGAAUAUGAGGACUGGCACCAACAACGCAAGUCUCAGAACGAGACGGAAGAACUGGAAAUCGCCGUGAAUCAUGUUGCUAGGCCCAUUGGACAAGAAGAUCAAGAAUCGGACGAAAUGCGUGCCAUUGGCAGCGGCGUCCAAUCUNUUGCANAAAACAAGAAGCCUGGUCAAAGCAAGGAGGACGAGAAAACACAAGAUGCCAACGAGGAAGUCCAGGACCUCCCUCAGCCACAGAUUCCUGCUCCCCAUGAGCUCAAAGGCAAGGCUUUGGGUGAACGAGGACAUGGCCCCAGAGUCCGUGGAUGA